AUAUCGCGGUUAACGUACGUUUGAAACAUAACGAGGAACACAGCGUUACGCUUUUCAAGAAAUUACGCGCUCAUUAAGGUCGAUAAGUUGUCCGAGUAGCAUGAUUCAAGAAGCAAGAGUGCUAGUAAAGACAGUUAUCGGAGUACCGAAUUGGUGCACAGACACCAUCAUUCGUAAAUCGAUUGAAAAAUAGUCUUAAAUUCGAUUUCAAAUAUUUAAAAUAUGGAUUCUUCGGUGAUAUUUAUAUCGAAUCUUUUGCUCUGGUUUCGUUUAUUCAUCGCAAUGGACGCCUUACCAACUUUGGGUUACGUUGAUCGACAUCGUCUAGAAACGUACGAAGAUUUAUCUGGAGAGAAGGACGACUUGGACAUUUUUAAUAAUCUUACAUUCCGAUUUUCCUGCAAGGGCAAACCGAUUGGUUUAUACGCUGAUUUGGACUACGAUUGUCGAAUUUUCCACGCGUGUGACGACUCGGGGAAAGGUUUCCCCGUCAUUUGUCCAAACAACACACUUUUCGAUCAAAGGGAACGAGUCUGUAGCGACGAAGAACACAUUGACUGCGAACGUGCAAGCGAGUGGUUCUAUUUAAACGAGUUACCAUUCUCUGCGGAAGUGACAGAAGAAAAUCAUACGCAGUCAGAGGACGUGCCUUCUGUGUUGCCGCUUUUGUUAUCGUGAUCAAUUAUUUUUUAAUAUAAAAAUACUCAACGAAGAAAACGCUUGACUGCGCGUUGGAAACACCAAAAUUUAUGAAACGACCACUUCUUUUCAUCCAACGAGCUCGAUUUAGAAUCCAACCGCGCGUAAUCGUCAGAGUAUAAAAAACAUAA